UAUCCACAUUAUAUCAUGGAGUUCCAAUUAUUAUCCUUCCCAAUCGUGUUGAUCACCUUCUUACUCUUCAUCAUUUUCAUGUUCAUGGUCCUGAAAACUAACCGCUCAACUUCAAAUCUACCACCAGGGCCAUCGAAGCUACCUAUCAUUGGAAGCAUGCACCACUUUAUUGGCUCUCUUCCCCAUCGUGCAUUAAGAGACUUGGCCAAGAAACAUGGACCGCUGAUGCACAUUCGACUGGGAGAAGUUUCCACCAUUGUCGUUUCAUCUCCAGAGCUUGCUAAAGAGGUGAUGAAAACCCAUGAUUCCAUAUUUGCAUCAAGGCCUAGCAUCCUAGCUUCAACCAUCCUGUCUUAUGAUUCUACAAGCAUUGCCUUUGCACCAUAUGGCCAUUACUGGAGACAACUACGAAAAAUCUGCAUACUAGAGCUCUUAAGUCCAAAACGUGUUGAAUCUUUCCGACCCAUUAGAGAAGAAGAGCUGUCAAGUCUCAUCAAAUGGAUUGCCUCGAAAGCUGGAUCUCCAAUCAAUCUUACCCAGAAAGUGUUCUCGACAAUAUUUGGCAUUACUUCCAGGUCGGCCUUCGGAAAGAAAUGCCAAGAGCAAGACAAAUUCAUAUCAAUUGUGAAGGAAUCUAUUGAAUUGGCCGGAGGUUUCAAUAUUGUAGAUGUCUUUCCUUCUGUUAGACUGUUUCAUCUUAUCAGUGGGGUGAGGCCUAAACUUGAGAGGAUGCAUCAAGAAGCUGACAGGAUAAUGGAGAACAUGAUCAAUGAACAUAAAGAAGCAAAGGCAACAACAAGUAGAGCAGGAGAGGCUGCAACAGUUGAAGAUUUGGUAGAUGUUCUCUUAAAAUUUCAGGAGCAUGGCGACAAUGAGUUUUCCUUAACUAAUGACAACAUCAAGGCUGUAAUCAUGGACAUUUUUGCAGCUGGGAGUGAGACAUCAGCCACAACCCUGAACUGGGCAAUGUUGGAAAUGAUAAAGAAUCCAAGAGUGAUGAAGAAGGCACAAGCUGAGGUGAGAGAAGUGUUUAAUAGAAAAGGGAGAGUUGAUGAAACAGGCAUUGAUGAGAUGAAAUAUUUGAAGCUUGUUGUUAAAGAGACCCUGAGAUUACACCCUCCUGCUCCUCUGUUACUUCCUAGAGAAUGCAGAGAGAAAUGUGAAAUUAAUGGGUACGAAAUUCCUGUCAAAACUAAAGUCAUUGUUAAUGCAUGGGCAAUUGGAAGAGACCCCAGAUACUGGAAUGAAGCUGAAAGUUUUGACCCCGAGAGAUUCUUGGAUAGCUCUAUUGGAUAUAAGGGGACUAAUUUCGAAUUUAUCCCAUUUGGAGCUGGAAGGAGGAUAUGCCCAGGCAUGGCAUUUGGCCUGGUUAGUGUUCAGGUCCCUCUUGCUCUGCUUUUGUACCAUUUUGAUUGGAAACUUCCCAAUGGAAUGAAGCAUCAAGACUUGGACAUGACUGAGUUCUCUGGAGUUACAGUAAGAACAAAAUAUGAUCUGCAAUUAAUUCCAAUUGCUUAAUUACAAUCCCUUGCCUUGCCGGUUGAAUAAGCUCAGGCAUGAACUGUGAGAUUUAUACCAAAUAUAUUCUCAUUUAGUUCAAAGCAUGUGUAAGAAAUUGUGUUUUGUGUGCGGAGGAAUCUAGUACUCUCGGCACGGCCAACUCAUUUAGCUAGGCCAAUUAGGCGGCCGCUUAAGCCCCCAAUGGAAUAAGGCCACAAUUA